AUGAAUAGGGGAGAAGCAGAACCUCUCACACUGCGUCUUGACGUUGGAGAGUCCGAAGCGGCCUGUGGACGGGCAAACCUCACCGUCAAUGGCCAAGAACUCGUCCAAGAUGGCAACGGCAACGGCCAAGGAACCCUCGCCGCUCACCACGGCGGCAAUUUUACUGCCGACUGGGCCUUUAGCUGCGACGCCAGGUCUCCACAGAUGCUUUUCAAAAUGCAGGUGACGCAGCUAGACGACUUGGAGAUAGCGCCCUUCAACUUCUCUGCAUCGUUCACACAAAUCGUCCCUCGACAAAUACGGAUCAUGGAUGGAGCAGCCGUAGUGAACCGCGUCUAUAGAUUGCCCCAGGAAACCACCUUGCAGAAGGAACUCGCAGAAACAACACUUCAAGACCAAAUCCACGUCCUGGAUAUUCUGCGCAUCAAAGCGCGCCAACUAGAAAACGCAAUUCUGGCGCAAGAAAAUAAAAUUGCUCAGAAACUCGGCCAGAAGAAGCAUUCCCCAUCGGCAAACAUUCAAGACUGCACCAGCUUGGAUUGUAUUUUGGAGGCAUUGGGCGGUAAAUUUAGAGAUGUGACCGAACAAUUCAGCGGGAACGUGGAAGAGCUAAAGGUUUUCAUUACUCAUUCUGGAGAUGGCUCGCUGCCGGUUCCUGCGGAUGAUUAUGAGUAUUGGUAUGGCGAGGGGGAAGAACUGGAUGAUCAUCGUCCCGAAACAUAUGAUCUAAAGGACCACAAAGGCAAGUGGACUUGGGUCGACCAGCUCCCUCUUGUUGAGAGCGAAAUAGACGGCCUGUCCAUCGAAUACGUACGCCCUCGACGCCAACCACCUCUCGCCAUGGCCAUCGCACUAUCAGUAAUAGCACUCUGCCUCCUAUCCAUGGUCUUCAUACUCCGCCGCCACCGCCGCACAAGCGGCCUCCCCUUCGCCAUUGACAACGAAAAAGUCCUCUUUUCCGAACGUCCACGGCGCAACUCCAAAAGCGAGUGGUGGGCUGAGCGUCGUGCGCGGCGAAAAGCUCGCAAGCACGCUAUCAGGGAAUAUGUCCGGAACAUAUUCAUGCGAUGGUGUCAUAAGACGGCAUCUUCUCCUUCGCCUGUUUACGAAGAAUCGACCAGCAUAGAGGAGGAGCUCGCAUCGUUCAGGGAGGCGGUGAGUGUUGUGGACAGUCUUGUAGCGGUCGAGGAGGGCAGAAAUCGAGAAGUUCCGAGAUAUGCGGAUGUGCAGGGCUCUGUAGCGGGUUGUGAAGCGUUUGCAGAUGAUGAGAGUUUACCGCCAUACGAGAGUGAGGAUGAUUCGACGCCGGUGGUGGAUGGGUUUCAGGCAGUUGGUAUCACCAACGGCUUGUAA